AUGGCAUGGAGAGAUCUUUUUCCGGUGCUCAUUCAAUUGGAUCAUUUGCAAUUAAACCCGAAUAAGAUUGAUAGACUGUUAUGGAGAGACGGUAAUGAUCUAAGUGACUUUUCUUCUUUGUGUGUUUGGCAUUCGAUUCGGUACAAAGAAUCGGAAGUGAAUUGGUGUAACAUUGUUUGGUUUUCGCAAUGUAUCCCUCGGCAUGUGUUUAUGAUGUGGUUGGUCAUCAAAGGUAAACUUUUGACUCAAGACAAAAUUCUAAAAUGGGACUUGUCGUGGAGGAAGAAUAUGAAUAUGAUGUGUUACCUGUUAUGUUAUCAGAACUUUGACUCACACCCGCACCUAUUUUUUGAAUGCAAAUAUUCUUCUCAAGUGUGGCUUAUUAUUCGGAAAAAGGUGGGUAUGGACUUUGUUAGUCCGAAAUGGAGAGAUAUUAUUGAGUGGUUACUGGCUCGAGCUCGAUCUAAAUCAGCUGUGUUUUAUGUUGCUAAGAUUCUUGUUACGGCUGCUUUAUACUUCAUUUGGCAAGAAAGAAAUGCGAGGAUAUUCAAAAAUCAGCUAAGACCACCGGAGAAGCUUAGUGAAAUUAUAUUAAAGACGGUAAGAUACAAGCUGAUGGGAGCGAAGCUAAAGAAUACUGCAAAUGUGCGGAGGCUUCUUGGAAAGUGGGAGAUUUGUGGGGGAGAAGUUAUGACGACGGUGGAUGAUUAG